CACACACAAAAGUGAAAAGAAAAUUUCUAUCAAAUUUUGUUUCUGUUUUUUUCUGGGAAUUUUAUCAAAAAAAUUAAUUAUUUAUUAUUAAUUUGUUUUUAUUUCAAAUAAAACUUACAAAACAAUGGGUGCUUUAACAAGCCGCCAAAAUGCUGCUGUUGAAGAAGCAGAUGUUAUAUCAACUCAUGCAUAUAAAUAUCCUCCAAAAUCUGGAAACUACUUUGGUAGCCACUUUAUUAUGGGUGGAGAACGCUUCGAUACCCCACAGCCUGAAGCCUAUUUGUUUGGAGAAAAUGCAGACCUUAACUUCCUGGGAAGUCGUCCAACAGCUUUCCCAUAUCCACCACCACAAGCAAAUGAACCAACAAAAACGUUGAAAAGUUUAGUAAACAUUCGCAAGGAAUCGGUUAGAUUUGUCAAGGCUCCCGACAGUGCUACCAAAGCUCAUGGAGAUGGUGGAGUUAACAAAGGCAAUGCAUUGAAUAUUGAAUUUAUUUUUGAUUCGGAUGCCAAAUGUGCAAUAACAAUUUAUUACUUUUGUACGGAGGAAGUUAGUCCAAGUGGGGUAACUUUUUUACCGAGGGAGUCAUUGACUUCGGAGACUUUUCAUUAUAAAAAGGGUGUCAAUCAGUAUUUCUCACAACCUUCACAUAUUUUCAAUCCACAUUUAUUUCCUGAAGAUGAUUUAACUUAUAAUGCUACAAAGGAAAAGUAUCCAGUGGCAAUUCAUUGUGUUGCAGAGGAAGGCAAUGAAGAUUGUCGCCAAUCACACACAACAAUUUGUGUAAUCGAUCAUCAUUCCGACAAUAGCUAUGCAUUGAGAGCUUUAAAGCAGAAAAUUUUCGUCGAUGGACUUUGUUAUUUAUUGCAAGAGAUCUAUGGAAUUGAAAAUAAAGCUUUGAAUAAACCAACAAUGGAUGACGAUACCGAUGACAAUGGAAGUGAAUGUGUUAUUUGUAUGAGUGACACUCGAGACACAUUGAUUUUGCCAUGUAGGCAUUUAUGUUUGUGCAAUUCAUGUGCUGAUUCAUUGCGUUAUCAGGCCAAUAAUUGUCCAAUUUGCCGAUCACCAUUUCGAGCUUUGCUUCAGAUUCGUGCAGUUCAAAAAGGGGUCAGCUCGAAUCUUUUAGCACCCCAAAAUUCACCAGAUCCAAAUUGCGAACACAUUCCAAGUGGUUAUAUACCAGUUUCUUUGAUAGAAGCUCUAAAUGGGCCACCCCAAUGUAUUGGACGUACUAUGUCUACUGAUAGCAAUGAUGUUCCAGAUGCUGUUCAAGCUGCAGAGAAUCUCAAUCGUUUAGCUGAGAAAAUCGGCGGUAAACAUAGUCCAAAGAGUGGAAGUCAACGUCGUUCGAAGAACAAGAAGAAUAGUGAAUGUGCUCCAGAAUUUCGUAUGUCGGUUCUUAAUAAUAGUGAACCAAAUCCAACACCAACAACAAAUGAAACAACAGAAACUGUCGAAAAGAAGUCUCCUCCGAGUUCCCACAGGAACUCAAUCUCAUAUGAGCGUUCAAACAGUUUGAAGGGUAAAGAAAAAACUCCAGCAUCACGUCAAAUUAGUCGCGAUAGUCUUCAUAUCGUUAAUGAACGUCACAGCUUAAAGAAGAAAGAUAAAACUUUGGAUGCUGUUGCUGCAUCAGCUGCAAUAGCUGCUGUUGCUGGAGAUAAUAACGAUGAUGAUAGUGACAAUGAAAAACUUUCCCCAUUGCUAUCGCCUGGUUCUAGAAAUCCAUUGAGUGGAAAGAGUCCACUUCAUAUUGAUGGAGUUGAAGAAUCGAUUGAUGAUAUUGAUAUGGAUGAGUUAAAAUCAGAUGGCGGAUCUAAGAGAAAAAAUCGGCCUGCGCUAUCGGCCGAUGGUGAUGGGAAUAUAUUAGCUGGCGCUGAAGAUUCCGAUUAUUAUACACCCGAAGAUCCACACACGACUAUACUAAGUCCGCUGUGCCCAGAAAAACCAUUCAAAAAUGGUGAAAAGCUUUCACAGAAAGAUACUUCAUUGAGUGGAACAUCGAUUGGUCUCAAAAAUAAUAUCGCCAAGAAGAGUCUACACCAGAAGUCGACAUCAGUGGGAAAUAUUUCAUCGACGCCUAUAACUGCUCUCAAGGAAAAUGUGAGCUCAUUGCCAGAUAUGCUUGACGGUCCAAUUGGUGUUAAUUCAACAUCAACACGCAGUUCCAGUGAUAGUUAUUCAUCCAGUUCGUCUACAAAACAAUUACUCAGUUCAAAUCAACCCAGUUCCAGUGCGACUAAAAUUAUGGUUGAUGAUAAAGCUGCAGUUCAAAAUGCCGUAAAUGUUUAAAUAUUUAAAAUACGAUUAAUUAUAUUUAAAUCACAUAUAAAAAUGUGUCUGCAAAAAUAAUGAAACUUAAUCACAUACCAGUAAAAAAAAGAAACAUAAACUAGCCCCGGUUAUAAAUAUUAUAUCAAAAAUAGCAAAAAAAAAUACUCAAUAAAAAAAUA